AUGGGAAACACAACCUACAUUGAUCCUGAGUCAAGUUCUAACUCAGACGAACUUUCGCCUUUUCGUGUGAUCUCUUCUUCAAUCCCUAAAAUACCAAAUGGUCCAGCAGAUCUGGCAGACCUCAUUUCUUCCGCAAAAUACCAUGCCUCUCUCGGAGGAAGAUCCAUUGUUCAAGUAAAUGGCAAAAGUGCCUUCAUCAUAUGGCUGGGAAUUGUUACUGAAAGGUCUGCAUGGAUUUUCGAGGAUGCACUCGGUCAUGCCACCAAUUUUUUUGAUCGGGGAAAUGAAUCAUCCACGAGUUUCCUUUUCACUGAUACUGGGGAGAAAGAGGACGGGGAAGAAUCUGUGGCGACUUCAUAUUUGGUGUCCAUCUUGAAGGUUUCCGGAAAAGCUUCUGAGUCGGUUCUGUUAUCAUACGAAGACCGGCUCGCUCUACAAGAAUCCACUGAAAGUCCUCCCUCCUGGAAGAAGAGUCUCGCUGAAUUUCGAGGUCGGAAUCGCUUUUUGGGGCUGACUGCAGCAGCCGUCCUCAUCUUGGUCCUCACCCUUACCGUAUUCUGGGCUUGGAGCCGUCAACAACCUUUGGCGUGGAUUCACUGGGACACAACUGGGAGCGAAGGACCACGAUAUCAGCUCCAAUUCACACAUCAUAACGUCUCCGACUGGGAUGCCGCCCUCCCUCAUGGUAAUGAUGACUGGUUCGUUCGGCUAGAUGACCAAUCUAUGAUCCCUCCACACCUAGUCGACGAGACUGAGCUGCGCUAUCAGAAGUGGUAUCGAAACCGGUAUCCCGAAGUCGACGCAGUGAGACUAAAUGAGAGCUAUUCCAAAGAGUCAUUCCUCUCCGACCCCUUCGCCAUACAGAUACCGAUUGAUGAUCUGUUCCAUCCAGCACAUUGUGUGCUAGCACUGAGGAGGUAUUGGCAGGCGAAAGAGACUGGAAAACAUGUUUGCCCUAGAGACUUGGAUCGUAGGCAUAUGAAGCACUGUCUUGAUUCUCUGGACGAGUAUCUCUUUUUCGAGGGGGAACGAGGGUCGAUAAGGGAGAUACCGAAAAUUCAACAAGAUACCUUAGUUUGGAGGACAAAAGUAUGUUUUUAG